AUGCGUUUCAUUUUAAUGAAGACAAAGGAGAUUGGACCUUCCGGUAAGACGAAACAAGUUCGAGACUUCUUCUUCGACCCGACUCUGGCUCCUACCUUAGAGAACUUGAGGGAGGAUACGGUAUCGUAUAAGUACCCGGCUGCACCUUUAAAGGUUGCUGUCAUUGGUGGUGGGCCAACCGGCUUAGCUACAGCCAUUGCACUGGCUGAGAAAGCAUCUGGCAAAAUCGAGGUUCACAUAUAUGAGGGACGAUGGGCAAAGGUUCAGCCUGGAUCAUUUGUGGACUUCCCUCAAGGUGCACGCCGCCGUGACCAAGUAGUGACACUCCAGCACUCUGUCACUGACUUGAUGAGCAAAGAGACUCGAGACGCUCUUUUCUUAGGUUAUCCAGAGGUUGUGUGGCCAGACUCCGCCAACCUUCAAAUUCGCAAGGUUGAGGACCGGCUUUUGAGACGUGCGCAGGACGCACAUUUCCGCGGCACCAUCUUCUUGCAUUCGCAAGCAGUCACUCGAGAAGAGCUGCACACCAUUGGGGACUACCAUCUCCUCAUUGGUGCCGAUGGUGCCGGCUCCUGGAUCCGCCAGACAUACUUCCAGAAUGAGGAACAAGAGCGUGGACGAAGCUACGCUCUGGGCGUGGCUUUCAACCGCCCCGAGGGUCUUCCUCGCUCACAACCCAUCAACAUCUUUCUCACCGUGGGACAAACACGUUAUCUACUCAACGCUAGUGACACCGAUGGAACAGGAUUUCUGAACAUGCAGCUCACUCAAGAAGAGUGGGAUCAAAUGUUAUGCGUCGAUGGUCAGCCAUGCACUUUCGGACGCCCUAGCUGUCUUCGACAAGGCGGUCGUGUCCCUGCAGGUUUCGACGAAGGCCAGGUCUUUGCGCCAUCUGAGAACAGAGAAAGCCCUCUGUGGAGGGCAAUUAUAGAUGGUCUGAAGCUUUUCGGUUUUAAAGAAACGGAAGUCACAAGCAUCAUGCGUAUACCCAUCAUUGUUCGGGGUAUUAAGAACGCAGUGAGUGAGCUCCGGCUCACUGAGAAUCCCAGCAUGCACAGGCCUCAUGGUCUAGUGACACUUGCCGGCGAUGCCGCUAUGACCGUCCACUUUUGGCCAGGCCGCGGAGCCAACAGCGGCAUGAAGUCUGGUAUUGCUCUUGCCGACGAAAUUGUUUUCGCUUUGAAGACAGGCCAGUUUGUUGGUCUGAACCGUAGUGCGUUGGCUCCCUACACGGAAUUUCUCAAGCAACUUCAACCCCGAGAGCAUGACAGCCGCAGCAUGCCCAUCAUCAAUCAGUCAGGAGACCCGAAACUUAUGGGUUGGUUGAUGAACAAUGCCAAGUUAGUCCCAUACAAUGCUGCUAUGGGGUGGCUUGUCAGCUCCAUCGUCCAAACUGCAGAGAGGCUACAAUCUCGAAGUGAUUGGCCUCUUGCGAAGAUUGACAACAUCGAAUCGCACCUUCGGUACGUUUUGGGAAAUCUCUCCCCAGCAACAGUUCAAGAGAUGGCUGUCAGCUUCCCCUGGCCAACCAGGCAAAUGGCGGGUGCAGAAGUGCUACCCCGUUGUUUCAUGAUGCAGCAAGCAGCGCAACAGCAGCCGAAGCCAACUCGUGGUCGGAAUAAGGAGAAGGCCAAGGUGAAGAAGGACGAUAAGAAGAAACGAGCGCAGUCCAUGGGGCCUGUAUCAUCCCCUCCCCCAUCUGGUCUUACCGCCACAACAUCUAGGGAUGGUUCCAAAUUUCUUUCCACUCUCCUAUCUGCCCUACGCAUCUAA